UUAACUAAUUUGAUUCUUCAUAUUAAGAAAUUCAUACAACAAGACGGAGCCGGCGGUCUCCUCCUCCGGCGCGCGUCUUUCAAAAUGGAAGCUGCCUCUUUCACCCGUCCCCGGUUUUCUUAAUCAAAUGGUGCAGCCAGCUAGCAAAAGCAUAUGCUCGGCCCAUCCAGAUCUGGAUCUACCUAUUUCCCUUUGGUCAAUGCUUUUGCUUGCUCAGCGCCACUGAUCGAUUCAUGAUCUAGAAGACGAGAAGCAAGCCCAGUCUUGCAGAGACUCCGUUCACCUCUUCCAUCUCCAGCAACAAAUGAAGGAGAGGCUAGCAACCAUAUUCAUAUUCGUAUCCAUAUCUCUAUCGGGGCUAUCGCUUUGCUAGAAAGCUUCUUGCGCGUGUACCCGGAAAUGGAUGGAUACGAGUUCCAGAGGGUGGAGCUAGAUGCACUGGAACGCGUCGUACGCGAUGAAAGUGCGGAGCCAAUGAGAUUGACGUUGCCGCUUCUCAGGCACAUAACCAAAGAUUUCUCCGCUGAAUUUGAAAUUGGCAAAGAUGAUUCUGCAGUGGUUUACCUGGGGGUGCUUCCAAGUGGGUUCUGUAUUGCUGUCAAAAAGUUUCACUUUCGUGAUUGCUUGGAUAAUGAAGAUGCAUUUGGAAAUGAAGUUAAUAGGGCAAUGAAGGGUGAUCACAGGAACAAAGUGCGACUCAUAGGUUAUUGUGGUCACAUGCAACAGCAGAUUUUCCAAUACGAAGGAAAACAAGUUUUUGCAGAGGUCAUAGAAAGGUUGAUCUGUACGGAGUAUGUGCCUAACGGAACCCUUUCUGGACAUAUUGAAGGUAAAAUUUAUACAGAAAUGGAUGGAUACGAGUUCCAGAGGGCGGAGCUAGAUGCACUAGAACACGUUGUACGCGAUGAAAGUGCAGGGCCAAUGAGUAUGAUGUUGCCGCUUCUCAGGCACAUAACAAAUGAUUUCUCCUGUGAAUCUGAAAUUGGCCGAGGUGGAUUUGCAGCGGUUUACCUGGGGGUGCUUUCAAGUGGGUUACGUAUUGCUGUCAAGAGGAUUUCCAAUAGCCAUACAGCUAAGGAGCGUUCAUUUCAACGUGAAAUUGAGACCACGAUGAAGGCUGCUCACAAAAACACAGUGCGACUCAUCGGGUACUGUUGUGACACACAGCAAAUAUAUUUCAAAAACGGCGAAGAAUAUAUUUUCGCAGAGAUUAGAGAAAGGUUGAUCUGUGUAGAGUAUGGACCUAAUGGAACCCUCGAAGCGCAUAUCUCUGAUGAGUUUCAUGGAGGACUUGACUGGAACCAGCGUUAUCAAAUUCUGAAAGGAAUUUGUCGGGGCCUGUUUCAUCUCCAUCACAAAGUGCAUAUCUUUCACGGAGAUAUCAAACCAGACAAUAUAUUAAUAGGGGAUAACCUCGUGCCCAAAAUUUAUGACUUCGGUUUGUCACGGUUCUUUGAUGAAGGAGAACCUUCAGGUUAUGAUGAAGAUGCCCACGGAACUCUAGGAUAUAUGCCACUGGAGAUGCUUCGGGAAGGUCUUUGGUCAACUAAGUCUGACAUAUACGCCUUGGGUGUUGUGAUCACGGAGUUGUUGACUAGGGAGAGAGGGUCGCACUGGGGUCAGGUACUGAAACAGUUGAGGAAAAGGCUGGUAAAAGAAGGAGCGUUUCUAUCAUGGGAAAACAGAUACCAUCAAGUUAGAACAUGUCUGGAGAUUGCACAUACCUGUAUGGAAAUGAAUCGAGAUAAAAGGCCUACUGCAUUGGAGAUUAUCCAAAGGCUUGAUGAAACCGAAAGUGUGAACUAUUCUGCACUACCACUUUGGCAGUCAGGAAAUGAGGAAUCCGAUUCAUCGGACACAGAAGCUUUGGAUACAGAGACAACAACCGAGUUUUUUCCAAGUGACGAGGAACCCGCCUCAGCAGACACGACUGGAGAAACAAGCACACAGGAAGCAGAGCUGGUAAUUGAGUUGCCGGUGUCAGUGGACCUGUCCGACCUAAAAGUCCUAGAGAAAAUAACAGAUGGUUUUUCACACGAAAGAAUAGUUGGGAAGGACGGUAUGUUCAAAGGUUCUCAUAAGGCAAUUGUUUACAAGGGUGAUAUUCCGCCUAGAGAGAUGAUUGCUGUGAAGAGGUUAAUUGGAGUGGUGAUUCCAGUUGAAAAGUUUAAGAGGGAAGCAGAACAGUUCAUUAGUUUGGAUCACAAGAAUAUAGUAAAGGUUACCAGCUACUGCCACGACCAAUCUAGAGGACAUAGACUGGUACAGUUCAAAGGAAUACCGCUACCACAACUCAUUAAGGGUCCCGAACAACUGCUCUGCUGUGAAUAUAUGCGCAAGGGAAGCCUUCGCGACUAUCUUGUUGGUCGAGGAUCUCGUGAAAUUGAUUGGGAAAUGCGAUACAAAUUGAUCAAAGGGACCUGCGCAGGCUUACAUUACCUCCAUAAGGGCCGUGCAGACUGUCCAAUUGUUCAUUUGAAUUUAAGCCCGUCAAAUGUAUUGCUGGACGAGAACUACAUACCACGCAUCACUGGGUUCGAUUUUUCAAAGCUCAUUGGUGAAAAGAACACCAAAUCCGUGGUACUUAAGCUGAAUGGACCCAUAGCUUACCUGCCACCGGAUUUCCUGCACUCCAAGGGUCCUGACCUCAAAUAUCUAGCUACGGUAGACAUAUACAGCUUGGGUCUUAUCAUUCUAGAGAUCGUAACACAGCAAGAGAUCAAAGGCAACCAUGGAGUGCUUAUUAAGAGCAUAGAGGAAAACUGGAGGGAAGAGUCACAAAUAACACGGUUGUAUACCUCACUAGAAGCUGACAAGCUGUGGCAAGUAAAAAUGUGCAUUGAUAUUGGCCUACACUGCGUCCAGUCAAAGCCUGAAAAGAGACCCACACCUGGGGCCAUCAUGCUCUGGCUUGACAAAGGGAGCAAACCGGUCCCAGUCCCAAGAGCAGAUGCAGGAGGAGUGUCAAGACCUCCAGUCCCAGUUCCAAGGGCAGUUGCAGGAGGAGUGCCAAGACCUCCAGUCCCCACUAAUAUCACCCAUGCAGGUGAUCACAUCCAAGGAAACGAGAAGCCCACCGGAUUCAUGAAACGAUUGUUCAGAAGAAAGUAACCACCUGAGGGAGUAGGAGAAUUCUUGGAAGCGGAUAGGAUUCAAGAAACGAUUCAUUCCUGGUGAAAAUUAUAGAUGGUUCAACAAAGCUCGUGGUUAACCUA